AAUUUAAACCGUCGGAUUCUUAUCCCGCAAAUUAGACGGAGGCGGCCACAGCAGCAUCGCCGCAGACAAUCCCGACCGGUCUUAAAGAUUUGUUGAUGGGCCCAGUUUGUGUUGUGUUGAAAAAUACUAGUAAUAGAGAAGAAGUAAGGAAACAGAAAAUUUGGUGAUCGAAGAAGAUGAAGGUGCGUUCAGAAAGGGGAAAAACGAAAGUAGUUAUUCGCCAUUUGCCUCCUUCCCUCACUGAAUCUGAUCUCAUCCAACACAUCCAUAACCGCUUCGCUUCUCGCUACCGCUGGUUCGUUUUCCGUCCCGGUAACACCAGUCACAGGAAUCAAAGGUAUUCUAGAGCAUAUAUAGACUUCAAUUCUCCAGAUGAUGUUUUCGACUUUGCUGAGUUCUUCAAUGGACAUGUUUUUGUUAACGAGAAAGGUGUCCAACAUAAAGCAGUAGUUGAGUAUGCACCAUCUCUGCGUGUUCCAAAGCUGAGUACCAAAAAGGAUGGCCGUGACGGGACUAUAUAUAAAGAUCCAGACUAUCUUGAGUUCCUCAAACUCAUUGCGAAGCCUCAGGAACAUCUUCCUAGUGCAGAAAUACAACUGGAAAGAAAGGAAGCUGAGCAAGCUGGGGCUAGCAAGGAAGCACCUAUUGUAACACCCCUGAUGGAAUAUGUUCGUCAGAGACGUGCUGUUGACAGUGGUCCGCUGGUUUCAUCAGCAGCAACAAAAGUCGGCAGAAGAGCAAGAGCUGCUUUGCAUGGCAAGCCUGGCCCAGUUAAUACCAGACGAGGAUCCGAAAAGAAAAGGUAUGUUCAGAAGGACAAUGUCAAGAAUGUUAAUCGGAAAGACUCGAAAGACAAAUCAGCCUUUACUGUGGUCCCCAGGCAUGAAGAUCAGUCUGCUGAAUCAAGUAUAAAAGGAAUUUAUGAAAUUGAAUCUUUGCAUGGCAUUGAAGGUCCUGUCUCUGGAAUACCACUGACUUCUGACUCUGGAAAGAAAAAAAUCCUCCUUCUGAAAGGAAAACAACGGGAAGUUCCUAAAGCCACUGAAGGUGUGGUUAAACAGCAAAUUGCACAAUCUGCAAAUUCGGCCAUUUCAACUACUUCAAAACAGAACCAAAGGCGUGAAGCUGGUGGAAGAUUGAUUAGGAACAUACUUCUAAAUAAUGAUUCUCGUCAAAGUCAAUCCACAUCUGCUGGACAACAUAAGAUUCAAAUCUUAACUUCUGAGAAUGGGAAGCGACUACCUCGUCCUUUUGGUUCAAGGUCUGGAUUAAGUGAUCAAGUCUAUAGUCAUGAUGCUGGGCAAGUUACUUCUGAAGGGGAUUCUAAAAGGGAUUUGAGUGAGAAGUUCGUAAGAAGAGAUUUGCAUGGCUUGAGUAUUUCUGGUGAUAAAACAGAAAAACGUACUAGAAGGCCUGAUCGUGGUGUUUGGGCACCUCUUCGCCGUUCCGAUUCUUCACAUUCUGGUAAUGAGCUCUCAUCAUCCUCAGUGGCACAGCCUACACUGUCAAAUCCUGAAUCAGUUGAAGCAGGGGAAGUAAAAGAAAAUGUUUAUUCGGGAAACAGGAGUGGGGAAUUCUCAGCUUCUGCAGUUGGACGUAGUGGUCCAUCUGUUGAGAAUGGUUCACAAAGAAUUUUUACUCGCCGUGGGGCUCCCUAUAUAGUGAAGGAUGAUGGUACAGUCAUUUUGAGUGAAGGGAAACUUUCAAAGAAAGGUGUUGUUGGACCUAGUACUCAUGAGAAACAAGUUUGGGUUCAGAAAUCAUCUUCAGGGUCUUAAAAUAGUUGUGAUAAUGGAUACUCAGUCAGCGCAACAAUUCCUUGAAAAAUUGAGGGGAUUAUUCCUGCUACAUUGAGCUAGGGAUCCGUUUAGGAUAUAUCAUCCUCAACCAAUUCAGGUCAACAUGAGCCUAAGCGCCUUGUAAGAAAGAUGAUCCAGUUGUUGCCUGACGGAGCUUGCAGAAUUGAAGGAAUGCAAAAUCACAGAUCUCGUUGACAUGAUUAUUUACCGAAAACAGACCGACAUUGUUAACCAUGUUGAUGGGUUAGACCCUUGAAUGGUUUGUCUUUCUUAAUUGUUGAAUAUUUUGGUUUUGGCAAAUGUUUGUGUGUUUAACUGUAUAGUCUUGGUAUUUGCCAUGGGAUGGUAUGCUGGGAAGAGUGAAUCAUUUAGUCCAUUUCAUUGGACAUAUAUAUAGUUGAAUUGUGUACGAAUGACUUAUUACUUGAUUUUAACAUGCACAUGAUGUACAUGUUUUACAAAUUGAUUUUCAA